AUGGAAGCGUGGCACAGUCUCAAUGGCAUUUCAUGUAUCAUAAUCUUUUCAAUAUGUAAGAUAAUCCUAACCCAAACCAGAGAAACAUUAAACAAAACAAAUCUUUAAUAUAUCCACUUCCAUGUCCUCCUCAAAUGAUUUUUUUUUUUUUUGUUUGGAAUAUGCCAAGGUUACUGUUGUAAGUUAACAGCACGGAAAUGAAAAUGUUGAACACUCUUCGAUUGUUUCUCCCUCCUGCCCAAGCUGCCCUUUUCCUCUGUUUCAAACUGCCCAACCUGCCCUUUCUUGAACACUUUCCCUCUUUCUCAAGCAGCCCUCCUUUCUCCUUUUCUUUCUUUCUCUCUCUCUCUCUCUCUCUCUCUCUCUCACAAAAACCCCCUUUUGACUAAGUCUCAUAAACUGGGUCUUAGUGAUUAUCAGCAAAAAAAUUUUUUUAAUGUGUUUGAUUGCUUAAAAUCACUUGUUUUGAGAUGUUUUAAGACGGGUUUUCCUUUUUAUGAUUAAAAGUUUCCUUGUUAUUUAAAAAAAAAAGAUCAUUUUUUUUUGAGUAAUUUUGAUGGUUUUAGAUCAGUUUUAGAAAGAUGGGUUUUGGUCAUCAGUUUGAAAAAGUUGUGAAGAAAAAAUCAACAAGGAAGAAGAAAGAUGGAGGAGAAGAAGAAACAGGAUGUUGGGUUAAAUUAAGGUUCAUGGGAUGUUGCAUGUCUUCAAGAUCAAGAGUUGAUAACUCUAUGAGUGGAAGAACAGGUACUCAUUAUGCUGAAAGCAAAGCUACAAAAGAGAAAAGCAGAGAUCAACCAGUUGUUCCUGUGUCUUCUACAACCACCAGUAAUGCAGAAAGUGCUUCAUCUACUCCAAAAUUCAGUGAGGAACUGAAAGUCGCUUCACACCUUCGAAAGUUCACAUUUAUUGACCUUAAAUUAGCAACCAGAAAUUUCAGACCUGAGAGUCUUCUUGGUGAGGGUGGAUUUGGUUGUGUCUUCAAGGGUUGGAUUGAGGAGAAUGGAACUGCUCCUGUGAAACCUGGUACUGGGCUUACUGUUGCAGUCAAAACCCUAAAUAUUGAUGGACUUCAGGGUCAUAAAGAAUGGCUGGCUGAGGUGGAUUUUCUUGGUAACCUCCUCCAUGCCAAUUUAGUUAAAUUGGUUGGUUACUGCAUUGAAGAUGAUCACAGGUUACUGGUAUAUGAGUUUAUGCCACGAGGAAGUUUGGAGAACCACCUCUUCAGAAAAGGGUCCUUGCCACUUCCUUGGUCUAUUAGAAUGAAAAUUGCACUUGGUGCUGCGAAGGGUCUUGCCUUUCUUCAUGAAGAAGCAGAAAGACCAGUGAUAUAUCGCGAUUUUAAAACAUCUAAUAUCUUGUUAGAUGCAGAGUAUAAUGCCAAGCUCUCCGAUUUUGGACUGGCCAAAGAUGGUCCUGAAGGAGAUAAAACUCAUGUAUCUACCCGGGUUAUGGGAACAUAUGGCUAUGCUGCACCAGAAUAUGUAAUGACUGAUAUUAAUUUAGGACACUUGACAUCAAAGAGUGAUGUCUAUAGCUUUGGAGUAGUUUUACUUGAGAUGUUGACUGGCCGAAGAGCCAUGGACAAAAACCGACCAAAUGGGGAGCACAAUCUUGUGGAAUGGGCAAGACCGCAUCUAGGAGACAAGAGAAGAUUCUUCCGAAUUCUGGACCCUCGCCUUGAAGGGCAUUUUUCUAUCAAAGGUGCACAGAAAGCUGCCCAGCUGGCUUCCCAAUGCCUUAGCCGUGAUCCCAAAGCCAGACCUCGAAUGAGCGAAGUUGUUGAAACCCUAAAGCCUCUGCCAAACCUUAAAGAUAUGGCCAGGUCUUCCUAUUACUUCCAAACUAUGCAAUCUGAUCGUACUAGUUCCAAUGCCAAAAAUGGCAUCAGAACACAGGCUGGAUUUGUAGUGAGGAAUGGACAGCCUAUGAGGAGUUUAUCCAGUUCAAAUGGUCCUCAAGGUUCUCCAUAUCACCAUCCUCAUCCAUCACCAAAGCCUAAAGCAAAAGAAUCAUAGGUUCAAAUUUCUCUAUGUUCAUAUUUAGAAUUUGGUUCGUAUCCAGUUUCCACUUCUUCAGACUGCAUAAUCAACAGAGAAUGGGGGGUGCCUCUGCCAUUUCUUUGACAAGGAUUGCUUUAUAUUCCACUGUUUUAUUGUACCAGAAGAACUGAACAAGCCACACUGGAUGUGCAGCAUCCUGGUCAGUUCAUUGAGCUAAACGAAGCCCGUCUCAUUCAUUUCUCUCUUUUUCACUACUAUCCUAUACCUUUCUCCAGGAUUAUAAUUCUCUGGUAAUGGAGAUUAUAUAUUUCAUGCCAGCUUGCCGAAGAAGAUGAGGAUCUGGGAGCAGUUGGUAGGCUCAACCAUCAUGUGAUUGAACUAGGGUGAUGGCUGGUGAAAGAGUAGGGAAAUGAUGAGGAGAAUUUAUGUAACUUUCUUUUUCUUCUCUUAUUUCACUUUGGAAUGUGAUCAUUCAUGACUUGAGAGCUCUAAUUCACUCUUUCACCUCACAGUUACCCUCUUCAUUUUUUUUUUUUUUACUCUCUUUGAUUGUUGCUGCUGUACAAAUGGACCUCUUUUUUAAGUCUUUAACAAAAGAAAACUUGUGUAAAAAAGCAUAGGGUGCUGUUGUAACUCCUUUUUCUCCAUUAUUACACUCAAAGUCUGUUUCUUUUUAGGCAUAAUUAUAGAAAAAGCCUAUGAACUAAAAUUAAAUAAUCAUUUAAGCUCUUAACUUUU